AAACAAACCAAUUAGAUGAAACCAUCAACACCCACACACACACACAAUUGAAUCAUUCAAUCCCACUCUUCAAGUUUUUCGUUCAAUCUGCCUUCUUUUGAACGAGAAUGUUGGUGGGCCAUUCUCAAAUAUCUCGCUCAAGCGCGCUUUGAUUAGGGAACUUCUCGUCUUUCAUCCUCCAAUGGCGGCCUAUCCUCCUACAAUACAAACCACUUUCCACGAAGAACUCCAUUGACCUUCUCCGCUUCACAAUCCUACUCUUUUUCGUUUACCCUCUUCAUUUCUCGUCAUCUUACUACCCAUUUUCACCCACCCACCCACCCACCGUAGAUGUUUCUCAACAGCGUUCUUCAAUUAUUUGUUUCACUUUUCCUUUUUUCCCCUUAAUCGCUUGGCCCUUUUCGUUUAUUUGCUUGUUUUCUUCGUUUUACUCAAGUUUGCGGUUCGUUUUGUUCGAUUCGAUGAGAUUCAGCCGGAUGUGGGAGUUUUGAAGAACUGGAAGCAAACUGACUGAUGGACAUUGACUUGCAAAGAAUCUUGGAAGAGUUUCCUCAAUCCAAUGUUCAUGUCAUCAUGAACAACAACCAACGUGUCGAUGAACAUAGUCCAAUACAGCUGCCAACUUGUGCAUUUUGCCAACGAGUCCUUGUACCUGACAGUGAUGCCCCUAGUGAACCUGAACCCAUUGAUAUAUGUGGCGAUUGUAAAUUUUUAUUACUUGAAGAUAUUGAAACCCCUGUACGGGAUUCUUAUCACCGGAUGACGCCUAGAGGAAGAAGAGCCAUGCGUAGUAGUUCAGAGUCUCCUGAAAAUCUUUUUUCACAAGAGUUCACCCAUAUGAUUAACAUGGUGAGACAAAGGCAAUCCAGCAUCUCCAGCCAUGGGGAUCGAUAUGCAGACGGUUCGAAUGCAAUGGAUUUCAUGCAGCACUCAAGUUCCCAUACAACUCCUAAUCAGUCUAGAAGAUGGCGACAAGUAUACUCUGAUUCUGAAAAUGAUGGUUUAGAUAGUUUUGACUCUAUGUUUGAGGAGAGUGAAUCAAAUUUCAGUUUUGGGCCUUAUAGACAUUCUUACGGUGAUAGUGAUGUUGUUUCCAAUAGAACUUAUGGGGGUGAGUCUGAUGUUUCCUUGGAUGAUGGACAUAGUUUCUUGGAUACAGACGUUUUUAUUCUGCCAGGUGAGGGAUCUGACACCGAUACAGACAUUGAUCCCAUGCGUGCUGGUGUUGGACAUUGGGACUCAAGCGAUGAGGAGGAUGAUCAUGGUGAAUUUACGGAAGCCGAGACAGAGCAAGAAGUAGGAUCUUCUGAAGCUAGACCUCAACUUCAAAAUUUUCAUGUUUCUAGUGCUUCUCGGAGAGGUAACUCGAGCAAUUGGAAUGAACAGCUUUCUUCACCGGAAUAUGAGGGUUCAACUCCUGGGCAUAUCAGGAGGAAUAGGCGAUUUUAUUCUAUCACCAACUAUGCACAAUCAGAGUUACUAUCUUAUGUUGGGGAUUCUGGUGACUAUCUUGACAGACAAGGGUUUGAAGAACUGCUUGAACAAAUUGCUGAGACAACCACCAGCUCAAGACGUGGAGCACCUCCUGCAGCCGUUUCUUUUGUGAAAAACCUCCCACGUUUGGUGAUUUCUAAAGAACAUUUGAAGCAUGACAGUAUUUCCUGUGCAAUAUGCAAAGACUUCCUACAUUUAGGCGUUGAAGUGAAUCAACUCCCUUGCCUUCAUCUCUACCACCCUUCCUGCAUCUUGCCAUGGUUGAGUGCUCGGAAUUCAUGUCCUCUGUGUCGUUAUGAACUUCCAACCGAUGAUCGAGAUUAUGAAGAGGUAAAGCAAAGUAGUAUCAAUGCUGCAGCGGUCCAUGGUCUUCAACCUCGGGUAGUUGGACUCGAAAAUCCCAGUGGCUUGAAUGGAGUUGGAGCAAAUCCUGAGUUUGAAACUAGUCAAGAAGAGGAUCAGAGGAACAUAGACUCAGCAGUUAUCAGUAGUAACAAUUCGGGUAGAGGAGCUAGACGACGUUGGCUAUUCGUUGCUGCUCCAAUAGUUGGUCUUGUAGGUAUAGCCCUGAUGUUAUGGUUUGGCAAUCCUUUAUGUGAUCAAAGAGUUUCGGGAGGUCAAUUAACAGAUGGGAGGCAGCUCGAUGCUCACAGUGCAGAAUCGUCAAACCAAAGAGAGAACAGAAGCAGGAGAUGGUGGCAAAUCGUCUAGCAACCACAAGGUUUAGUACAGAAAAAUUGAUCUAACACGAGCUUUCUUGUUUUUGUUGAUUUCCCAGGAUUGAAAUCUAAAGGAAUUUAGGAUGUAGUUCGGUAUUAUUUCAGUUUUCCCAAUGUGUUGAAGUAGAAGAGUUGAUUUAAACGCACAAAGCAGCAACCUGUGCCUCGCUUGUGAGCCCAAUGGGGGCAGUAAUAAAUAGGCCAAUUGGUUCUGUUGUGCAUGUAUAUACUUCUUACAAUUUUUGUAAAUAGAAUUAUAUAUUUUAAUAAUAAUAAUAAUAAUAAUAAAAAGGAUUUGUUUUA